AUGGCUAUUAUUACUGAUACUAAUGAUGACAGUGUCGACGACAACAAUCAACAAACAGAUAGUAAUCGUACCGAUGAUAGGUUGACUCUGGCGGCCAAACAGUUGGCCGAUGACCUACUGUGCGGUAUAUGUCUGGCAAUAGCCGGCGAUCCAGUGGUAACUCCAUGUUGUCGGCAGCUAUACUGUCGACGAUGUCUUAACCAAUGGCUACGGACUGGUUGCCGACGUGAUACGUGUCCAUUGGAUAAUAAAAAGCUAACUGUCCUACAGUUAAUGGUACCGCCGCUACUAAUUACUAAUCUGUUACUAAUAUUAGAUGAUAAUAAUGUGAAUAUCAUGUCCACCGCCACCGCCGCCGCCGAUGGAUCAACCGAUGGCCAGACAACUAUCACGGCUUAUGUUUCCGUUGAUGACUUUCGACAAUUAUGUGAAAGAGUCGACCAAUUGAUCAUAGCUGUCGACCAAUUAAAAAAAACUGUAGCCAAUAUCGACAAUCGUUUGGCAAUCAUUGAGAAAAAGGUGGCUGUCCUGGAGGAUGACGACAUGGCCGCCGCCCAUCAGUACAGUCACCUCAAACAUGUGCUGAUAGUAGCCAUUGGCGGUCUGGCCUUAUAUUGGGUCGGUUGGAUGGCAAUGUACUGGCUGUUUAAAUAGGUUU